UUAAUUCAUUAAAAGAGUGAAAUAUCUGGAAGUCAAUUGGAGGAAAAGGUGAGUAUGAAAGGCACGUAGAGCAGAGAGUCAUACAGGCCUCGUACUGUGAGGAAGAUAACAACUUGAAUGAAAGCACCACUAAACAAGGGAUUAUCCAUAUUUUUUACUUCCUCAAGAAUAUCAGCUGUGGAAAAGCUCCAUAGUUGUGUCUAUUGUUAGAAAAGCAUAGAUUGCAAAUCACAACUGAUUAUGCACAAGAGGAGCCACACAGCAGAAAAGCCAUACAAAUCAUCUGAUUGUGGCAAAAGCUUUAGUCAGAACAGCUCCCUUGUAGUUCAUGGAAGGACCCACACAAGAGAAAAGCCAUAAAAGCACUCCUAGUGCAGUAAAUGCUUUAAUGACCAUGGCAACGUGAUGAUACAUCAGAGGAUUCACAGCAGAGAGAAAACGUAUGACUGUACUGAUUGUGCGAAAGUUUCAUUACAAAUUCCCAUGUCAUGAGGCACCAUAGGAGAUACACAGAAGAGAAACACUUUGAAUGUGCUAUCUGUGGGGAAAGUUUCAAUAGAAAUUCCCAUCUGGUGAGUCACCAGAGGACUCACACAGGAGAGAAAUCCUUCGAAUGUCCUGAUUGUGGGAAAUGUUUCAGUCAGAAUUCCUGCCUUGUGAGACACCAGAGGACUCACACAGGAGAGAAACCCUUUGAAUGUCCUGAUUGUGGGAAAAGUUUCAGUCAGAAUUCCUGCCUUGUGAAACACCAGAGGAUUCACACAGGAGAGAAACCCUUUGAAUGUCCUGAUUGUAGGAAAAGUUUCAGUCAGAAUUCCAGCCUUGUGAAACACCAGAGGACUCACACAGGAGAGAAACCCUUUGAAUGUAUUUAUUGUGGGAAAAGUUUCAGUCACUAUUCCAUUCUGGUGACCCACCAGAGGACUCACACAGGAGAGAAACCCUUUGAAUGUCUUGUUUGUGGGAAAAGUUUCAGUUGCAAUUCCCACCUGGUGAGACACCAGAGGACUCACACAGGAGAGAAACCCUUUGAAUGUCCUGAUUGUGGGAAAGGUUUCAGUCAGAAUUCCCACCUGCUGACACACCAGAGGACUCACACAGGAGAAAAACUCUUUAACUGUCCUGAUUGUGGGAAAAGUUUUAGUCAGAAUUCCCACCUGGUGACCCACCAGACGAUUCACACAGGAGAGAAACCGUUUGAAUGUCCCGAAUGUGGGAAAAGUUUCAAACAGAAUUCCAGCCUUGUGAAACACCAGAGGACUCACACAGGAGAGAAACCCUAUGAAUGUCCUGAUUGUAGGAAAAGUUUCAGUUGCAAUUCCCACCUGGCGAGACACCAGAGGACUCACACAGGAGAGAAACUCUUUGAAUGUCCUGAUUGUGGGAAAAGUUUCAGUCAGAAUUCCAACCUUGUGAAACACCAGAGGACUCACACAGGAGAGAAACCCUAUGAAUGUCCUGAUUGUAGGAAAAGUUUCAGUUGCAAUUCCCACCUGGUGAGACACCAGAGGACUCACACAGGAGAGAAACUCUUUGAAUGUCCUGAUUGUGGGAAAGGUUUCAGUUGCUAUUCCAACCUGGUGACACACCAGAGGACUCAUAUGGGGGAGAAAUCUUUCAAAUUUCCAGUCUGUGGACGUUACUUCCCUCAUAAAUCAUCCCUUAUUGCACACGAGAAAAUCCACACGAGGCAAAAGUUGAAGAAUUUAGAAAAGGCUUGAAAUUCAUUCCCAUUGAAACUGUAGUUGAGAAAUUGACCAUUUGAAUUGUGGUCUGAAUCUUUCUACUCAACCAUGUCUCAGGACUAGACUUGUAGGUGGAGAGAAAAGGAAAAUGGAAAAGGGCUAACUACCAAUUUCUGGUUAGCAGCAGCAGCUACUGGAUAUUUCCUUUUGUAGAAGUUGUGGAUUUCCUCAAAAAGACUUCUGGGUGGUAGUUUUGUAUAUUGAUUAUAUAAUUCCCACAUGUGGAGUUUCAGGUCUUCUACCUUGGUUUCCUCCAGAUUUUGAGCCCCAGAAUUCCUGAGCCAGCGUAGAAAAGGUCCUCAAGAUAUAACUGUCAUGGGCUUUGCAAUAAUGGUUGCAUGUUGCAAUGACGGUUAAGUGAAACCUCUUUCCUAAACUACCCUGAUCUCUCUGAUGCAGCCAUUAAUUUAAUGUGUCAGUCGCUAAGUGGAACACUGGCGAUCUCAGGGUUGGGGGAAGCUCUUCAAGGCCUAGUGUAGAAGAAAUGAUCCAACGCUGACACCUACUGGUGGAUGAGGACUAUAAAAACUAUAAAACUUCUGUCUGUGGCCUUCAAAGUCUCAGUAAACAUAGUUGCUUAGAUAAAAUGAUAUUUACAGAAACAAUAGAUGUUUUACAAGAGGAAAUAUAUGAUACGCUGCAAUCCAUUCAAAGGACAAUGAUCUCAAA